CAGACGCCCGUGCAGGCAGAGGCGCAGCUUGCGCUGAUGGCGGACAGUUUGUGGUUUUCCUCCCUUUCUUUCCUCCCUCCACCGCAAUUAUUAGACAAGCUUAAAAACAGCCAUUAUCCCCUUCCCUUUCUACUCCUCGCAGUUACACGCGUCUCUAAUAUUGUACUUUUAUACACACAAAUCGUCAAUGACAUCAAUAGUGCUUGAAAAGAGGCUUGUCGAGUUUGACGACGUGCUGUUCAGCUCAAGCAAGCCACGCCUGGACCUGCAGCAGCUCUCGAGCCUGUGCUUCCGCGGCAUCCCCGAGGUGCCUGGGCUGCGUGCGCUCUGCUGGCAGCUGCUUCUCGGGUACCUUCCCCGCGAGCGUUCACGGUGGACCCAGGUGCUUGGCGAGCACCGUCGCUCCUACUACGAGGUCAUGUCAGAUAUUGCUUCGACUGAGGAGUCAGCGCGGCUGGCAGCGCAGAUUCGCGUGGACGUGGAUCGGACGAUGCCCGACAUUGCGCUGUUCCACAACAGUAUGGACAAUCCGGCAGACAAUACCUCGCGGUGUGGGACAAACAUCAGUGAUCGCACAGCAGUCAGCAGCUCGGAGUCGCUAGACGGGAUGCCUCGAGGCAGCAUUUACCGCAGCGACUCGGUGCAGAGCUCGCUGACGUGGCAGGUCGAGCAUCUGAAGAAGUCGCUGGGCGAAAAGGUCGCCAACGUCAUGGGCAGCGCGACGGUCAGUGGCAACACAGAUGGCAGUGGGUGGUUGGGACGGAGCGCAGCAUCGCACGAGGAGGCGAUGGCGCGGAUUCUAUAUGUGCACGCAAAGUUCAAUCGCGGCGCCGGCUACGCGCAGGGCAUGAACGAGAUUCUGGCGCCGCUCUACUAUGUCUUGGCGGGGAGCCAGCAGAAGGUCUCUGGGUACUCGCAUGCCGAUUGCGAGGCGGAUGCGUUCCAUUUGUUUAUUCUGGCGCUGCGCGGUGUGCAUCUGGAUAUGUUUAUUACUGCCAUGGACAGUACGCUGGCUGCCCCCAAGACAGAGGAAGCCCGGCCACAAAAAGUGCAGCACGGAGACGUGCUGGCGGCAGCGCUGAUGGCGGGCAGCGCUGUGUCAUAUGUGGCCGCUAUGCAUUCGGUGCAAAACGCAGGCAUGCGCAGUCCGCCGCGGCCAACGUCGCCCGAGGUGCCGAUGCUAUUGACAGGCGGUACCGGCGGCCUGCAGCACACACUAAAGUACUGGUGGGUCAGCUGCGUGCGGGCAGCGGACCGGCAGCUGUGGGCAAAGCUGGAGGGCCUGGGGAUCCAGCCCGAGCACUUUGCGCUGCGCUGGCUGCUGGUGUGGGGGGCGCGCGAGUUUGCCCUGCCCGAUGUCCUGUUGCUGUGGGAUGCGCUGAUGUCGAAUCGGGCACGGCUGACGGCGGCCCAGCAGCAGCCUGAAGCCGACCAAAGCCAGAGCGACGACAGCAGGCUCGAAGCCGAGUUUCUGCUCGACCGCGAGGUGACCAGAGCACUGCAGCCAGCGUGCGAGGGGACCGAGGAGCUGAUCCACCCGGAGCAGUUCCGGUCGGUGAACUUUUCCGCAGGCAGACUUGACUGCAAUGUGCGUGUGCAGCAGAGCGCAUCGGGCGAUGACGAGGACUGCAGCGAGUUGGGCUUUCUGUUUGACUUUUUCACCGCCGUGCUGCUGGCGGUCCGGGGGCGGCUUCUGUCGAUGGACUUUGAGCAGUGCAUUGGCUUCCUGCAAUGUCUGCCGCGACACAUCGAGGAGCUCGACAUGCCGCAGCUGCUUGCCGAGACGACGCGGAUCAGACAGAGAAGGGCGGCGGCGCGCGUCGUCCAUGCCUGCCGCAGCGUGCUGGCGUCGGCGGCUCCGCGGAAACGCAGCGACAGCCAGGCAGCAAAGCUGGCUCCGCUGGUCAACAGCCUGGCAACCACAACCCUGGCAUCGCCAGAGCCGCAGUCGCCCGACCCGCUGAUCAUGGUCAGCAAGUUCUUCGGGCAGAUCACGGGCAAGCUCAAGUUCCUGCAGCCCGGCAGUGCGCCGACCUCGCCGGUAUCGCCACUGAGCCCGCCGCCGUCGGCCACAUGGGACGGCGGCCAAGCCCCGGCGUAUUUGCUUCUGGCGCUGGUGCGCGCAUCCGCCAAGGGAGCCCGGCAGCUGCACAUCUACGAGGUAGUCGACUAUUCGGCUGCGACCAAUACGGCAGGGGUGCGCAAGAUGGCCGAGUGCGACGCGGCUGCGCCCUCGCUGGUGGACAUUGAGCGCCAGGCGAAUAGGAUCGACCGGACCAUUGUCAAGGUGUGCUUGACGCCGCCGGAGGUUGCGCCGAUGGUCAGCUCGGUGGGGAAACAGGCGGGCGAGCUGCUGGCGGGGCCCGGCUCGUUUUCGGGUAGCCGGCCUGGUGGUGGCAGCGCGGCGAAGCUGCAGCAUGGACGCCAGGGUCUGCCUAGCCUGACUAUCCCAAAGCCGGCUGCUGGUGUCCGGGCGGCGAGCAGCAGCAGCACGGUGGUGGGCGACAAGGAGCCGUUCUGGUGGGCCAGCAUGGAGACCGAGCCUCGUGCGCUGGGCCGAACAAGGAUUGACUUUGAACUGUGUGACUUUGACUCUGACGAUGAUGAGUGAAGGCACUACGCCUUCCAGCAGGCACGCCAAUCAGCCUUGUCCCGCACCCUCCCUUGCAGCCAUGCCCUCCCGCUCUUUUAUCU